UGUUCCUUGAAAGCUUGAAGCUUCUUUAAUGGCGUCUGCGUCAAAUUCUUCUUCGUACACUUCAUCAGAGCAAGAUCCAGCGUUGGUUGAAGACAUGUCAAAUCCCUUGUAUCUUCACCAUGCUCAAAAGUCUUAGGGCUAUGCUCGUGGCUGAAGUUUUGACUGGUGAGAAUUACCACGCCUGGGCUCGAUCCAUGAAGAAGGCUUUGAUUGCAAAGAAUAAAUUUGGUUUUGUUGAUGGCACUAUUACUCUUUUGUCUCCAUUGAUAAAAACUCCAACAGUCAUUGAUGCUUGGAUUCGCUGUGAUAACAUGGUUGGUUCUUGGUUGAAUAAGGCAGUUUCACCUUAGAUCAGAAUCAGCAUCACCUACAGAGACACAGCACUGGAAAUCUGGAAUGAUCUUAGGGAUACACAUUCUCAAGGCAAUGGAACUAGGAUUUUUCAGUUGUAAAAGGAUAUUACAUCAAUCAAUCAAGGUCUAAUCCAACCUGUACUUGUGGGAAAUGCACUUGUAAUCUAUCCAAAAGAAUUAAGAAUCUUCACUUUCAAGAUUCAGUGAUGCAAUUCUUGAUGGGGCUCAAUGAUUCUUAUUCUCAAAUCAAGGGACAAAUUUUGUUAAUGGAGCCACUUCCAUCUAUUAACAAAGUUUAUUCCUUGUUGAUUCACGAAGAGAGGCAAAGUAAUGUGGGAAAUUCCAAUGCUCAUGUUGAGUCCACUGCUCUUGCUAUGAAAGGGUCUAAUUUCAAUCCUGCCUUUUUUGGAGGAAAGAAUUCUAAGGGCAACUGUAGGCCAAUUUGCUCUCACUGUGGGAGACUUGGUCAUACCAUGGAGAAAUGUUUUAAGCUACAUGGCUUCCCUCCUGGUUUUCAGCCUAAAGGAAAGACUUCAAUGGUGAAUCAAGUGGGUGUUCAAGAUGAUCUUGCAGAGAAUGGACAGUCAUCCAAUGAUGCUAAUCAGUUCACUUUUACUCAGGAGCAAUGCCAACAAUUUUUGACUAUGCUAGGCAAUCAGAUACAAGCUGCUGCUCACCUCUCUAAAGAUGUUCAUAUGGCCAAUAGUGUGAUUAAGCAUCAUUCAGAUCAACAAGCAACUUCUUUUACAACUGAUCCUAAGCUUAACAAUGCUCUCACUAUGUCAGGACCUUAUGUGGUGGAGGACGAUUGGUGUGGGUGAAGUUCAUAAUGGAUUGUACCUACUACAACACAGCCCUUCAGAUGCUUGUACCCUUCCAAUCAACUCCAAGGUUCUUGGAUCCUUUCAAUCAAUCUUCAACUUUGUUUUCAAGUCUGUUUUCAGUCAACCUCAAUCUCAUGUACUCAAUAAUACUAUUGUACCUUCUUCUAU